ACUUAACUUCUGCUACUACUACUAUUACUACUACUACUACUAUUUCUACUUAUCUAAUGAUACGUACAAUAUCGAAAUGGUACGACAAGCACGCCUAGCCUUUGCUUCGAUAAGUUCCGACGUGGAUGCCAGAGCUGGCGAGAAACGCAAACGCUCAGUCGCCGAAAAUGACGCGCUCAAUAUCUCCGACUCCCCAAAACCCGAGAAGAAAUCCAAACAGGCCCUGGAGAACAUCCGAUGACUACUCGGCAGCCAUGGUCAAAUUUCUUCCUGAAGCCGUGAGGCUCUCCGAAAUGGACGAGCAGGGUGUGAGAUGCGCUUUCAACCUUCUACUUUAUCUAGCUUGGAACGCAUACGGGGAUAUUGAUGCUAGCUUCAAGAUGAGUGGGUAUGGCGAGUGCGAGGAAACAUACCCAUUAAUGGAUGAGCAAAUGAUGAAGAUCAUCGAUCUACGUGCUGCCAUGGUGGAUCCAUGCACCUCUCCCUCCCCCGCCGUUAUUGUACCCCACCGAUGGACAGACGAAGAUGCGUGUGUUGGCGAGUUCAAGACAGGGCGGCCUAAUAAGCAGCAGCGAAACCAAAUUGCGCGGCAGCAUGCAGCGUACGACAAGAAGAGGAAUGAGCUAGCUAGGGAAAGGAGGGAGACUGUCACAGGCACAGAGUGGAUCAACAAUGCGAUAGACGAACUUACCGAGUCGAGAGACUAUAUCGAGCCUUAUGGCCACGAUGGGUUCUUCACGAAGAGUAUCACGAGACUCGAAGAGCUAAGAAUAAGCCUACAGGCAACAAAUAGUUCAGCAACGAACGAUCAUAACACUUGAAACGCUUUUAUCCGUUAAUGCGAUCACCAAGAAUUUGUACUUGUUUUUGUUGUACAGCGCUGUGGAGGGUUAAUACCUAUCGCGAUAAAUCUUAUGCAAUGCGCCUACAUCCGAAACGGCCGCUCCCAUUCCAUCUUCAAUGUAAACUACAGUCGAGAGCACAAAUAUACGGCCGCUUCAUGAAGAAUAGUGCUGGCUGACCCUGCUUUGCGUCGCAUUACGGCCAAUUUGGCAAUCUAAACUGCAAACUGAGGGGAUCGAUGUUGUACUGUGCUGUCGUAUUUAUGUCCUAACCUAGACCAGACAGCAAAGCUUAAAUAGGCUACCUAGAAUAACCACUACUUCCGAU